AUGUCCCGCCGCGGCCGUGGUGAGGACCUGGAUGAGCUGCAUUGCCAGGACACUGACCAGGAUGUGCCAGAGCAGCGGGAUGGCAGGUGUAAAGUCAAGUGGACGCAAGAAGAGGAUGAGCAGCUGAAGAUGUUAGUAAGACAUUAUGGGCAGAAUGACUGGAAGUUCCUGGCCAGUCACUUUCCUAACCGCAGUGAUCAGCAGUGUCAGUACCGGUGGUUGCGAGUGUUGAAUCCAGACUUGGUUAAGGGCCCUUGGACCAAAGAGGAGGACCAAAAGGUAAUUGAGCUGGUUAAAAAGUACGGCACCAAACAAUGGACCCUGAUAGCCAAGCACCUGAAAGGGCGGUUAGGGAAGCAGUGCCGGGAACGGUGGCAUAACCACCUAAACCCUGAGGUGAAGAAAUCCUCGUGGACAGAGGAGGAGGAUCGCAUCAUUUUUGAGGCCCACAAGGUGCUGGGGAAUCGAUGGGCGGAGAUUGCCAAGCUGCUGCCUGGAAGGACCGACAAUGCUGUGAAAAAUCACUGGAACUCCACCAUCAAGCGAAAGGUAGACACAGGAGGCUUCCUCAAUGAAACUAAGGAGUCCAGGUCACUCUACUUGCUUGUGGAGGUGGAUGAGAAGGAGAGCCAAAGUCAAACAAAAGCUGGGAGCCAGAGCAUCCUGCCCAACUGGCCAGUCAAUAUCUCUGAAAUAAAGGAAGAGGACGUCAGUGACGACGAAGUGGCGGGUGUACAGGAGCUGCACUCAGAGCUGCCAGCCACGGAACUGGCAGAGCAUAAUGCUGAGGGGACCCCAGAUGAUGCGGUGCCUGAGGAUGCCUCUUCGCUUGUCACAUCGCCAUACAAAUGGGUUGUCGAAGCUGCCAACUGUUUGUACCCAGCAUCUGGACCAGCCUUCAAUGAAGCUCUGGACAUGAUUGAAUCUGACCCAGAUGGGUGGUGUGAUCUGACCCAGUUUGACCUGCCUGAGGAACCCUCUGCCAGCAGCAGCAGCAGCAGCAGCAGCAGCCCAGUGAGGCAAACCCCCAGCAAACCAACGUCGUCCCUGCCCAGUGUGACCGAAUACCGCCUGGAUGGCCACACCAUCUCUGACCUCAGCAAAAGCAGCAAAGGGGAGCUCAUCCCCAUCUCACCACAUGCAGAGGUGAGCUUUGGCACGCCACCCUCUGUGCUGAAGAGGCAGAAGAAGAGGAAGAUCAUGCUCUCCCCAGUCACAGAGAACGUCACCAGCACCAGCCUUUCCUUCCUUGACUCCUGCAACAGUAUGACGCCGAAGAGCACCCCUGUCAAGACACUGCCCUUCUCUCCAUCUCAGUUCUUAAACUUUUGGACCAAACAGGAUACACUUGAACUGGAGAACCCAUCUCUGACUUCCACACCUGUGUGUAGUCAGAAGGUGAUCGUCACCACUCCUCUGCACAGGGACAAGACCCCUCUGCUCCAGAAGAACUCGGCGUUUGUUACACCAGAUCAGAAGUAUGUGGUGGACAGCACACCUCACACCCCCACACCUUUCAAAAAUGCCCUGGAGAAAUAUGGACCAAUCAGGCCUCUGCCCCAGACUCCUCACCUGGAAGAAGACUUGAAAGAGGUGCUCCGAAGUGAAGCUGGCAUCGAACUUAUCAUAGAGGAUGAUGUGAAGCCUGAGAAACAGAGGAGGAAACAAGGAUUGCGCAGGAGUCCCAUCAAGAAGGUCCGGAAGUCUCUGGCGCUAGAUAUUGUGGAUGAAGAUAUGACACAAAAUACGCCUGCCCUCCCCAAGACUGUCUGCUUCAAAAGAGCUCAGCCUGUGAAUUUCCUGGCGAGGUCCCUAAACCUUUCCUCCUCGAGCAGGAAGAACGACAGUGGUUUGCUCAACAGAGCCUUUGUGCAAGUGCAGCCAGAGAAAAUGUCCUGCAGGAAAAUGCCCAGCCAUUUCAGACCACCAGCACCGAUGACCAGGGCUUGGAAAGUGGUAGCCUGUGGUGGAACCAGAGACCAACUCUUCAUGCAGGAGAAAGCUCGACAGUUUUUGGGCAUGUUGAAACAGACUCACACAUCAAGGACCUUAAUCUUAUAAUGAAGGAUUGUUCUACUUUUCUUAUUUUAUUUUAUUUUUCUAUCAGUGGAGGGGGGACCAUAGGGAAAAGCUCUCCUCUGCCAGGCCUUAGUGUGGGUGGAUUUUUUCCUUUCUGUUCCCAGGUAGCUCUACAUUGUAAUAAAUCGGGCUAACUGCUGGCUGAUGUGUGGAAUGCAAGUUUGGGGACCAAGGAGGCAGGGUUGGAGAGCAAACAGCAAGACCUCUGUCUGCAAGACCUUGACAGAAGCAGCAGCAGACAGCGGCGUUCCACCUCAGAGCAGUGUGUGCAGCAGGCAGUGGAGGCUGGCCUGGCCUGGCUUCUCAGCCUGCCUGGAUCUCGUGCCGGUACCUCGGGAAUGGCUUUUGUGAAGGUUCCAGCAUGUCUGGUGUCUGCUGACUUUCCCUAGGAGAUGGAGCCGUCCCCUUCCCUCUGGGAGGAGGGGGAGGGUGUUGUGUGCUUGUGGAAGAUGUGCUUUGGGGUGACGUGUACUGGGAGGUGGCCUCUUGCUCUCUGUGGGGCUGUUUUGUCCUAGCAUGCUGCAGAAUGGGAGUAUCAGUUGCCUCUCCUCAGAGCUGUGCUCCCUCUUCAAAUAAAUGACGGUGCUGACAUCA